UAGUGCAUAGCAAUUUGUGCAGGUAGAUAAGUUACGAAACGCAUGCAUGGAAAUAUGUGAAUGACUCUCGUCUACCUGGUCACCUGAUCGGCAAAUUGAUUGACGGCAGAACAAUGAAAAACAGCUUUAUAUGUAUUGUACUUUGGCAGGCAAUCUUUGUCACCGUUUGUUUUGCCAAUGAGUUCGACCCCAGGUUUGCAUGUGACUUCAGUCGAGAUCUUUGCAACUGGAAAAACACCAACACAUCAGUGAUGUUUAAAAGAAAUAUGGGGGAAACUGGUAUUGAUGAUACUGGACCUACAGCAGGACAUACGGACGGGAGUAAUACGGACUAUUACAUCUACCUGGAAACAUAUGGCUCACCCAGAUAUGCAGGGCUGGUCAGUCCAAAAAUGGGAAGCGCAUGCGUCGUUGCUUGUUUCCGCUUCUGGUAUCACAUGUACGGACAAUAUGUCAACAGGAUAGAAGUUGGACUAAAUCAUGACAACCAUCCCCUGUUCAAUAGAUCUGGCGAUAAUGGUAACAUGUGGAAAUGUGCGACUGUUCCAAUCACCAGCUGUAACGAUAAACAGAUAUAUAUCCGUGCUUACGAAUCCCAAGAAGGUAUCAAGAGCCAGAUUGCAUUCGACGACCUUGCUCUGGCGUACGUCGACAAUAAACUUCAGUGUUCAGAAACCGUGUGUGAGGUAAAUGGUAGUGAUUUUACAUCAUCCACGAUAGCCAUGACUUCUACUACCCGUACUGUUUCUACAUUGCCUGUCACCAGUAGCACAACGCUUGACUUCGUCCCUAGUUCUUCUGGACCACCGACCACAUCCACGCCAACAUCUCUAUACCUGCUGAGCCUGUUAGCUGUUCCAUUUGUUGUACUUGCCAUCGGGAUAGUUUACAUAAUGAAAAGGAAAAGGAAUGGUAAGAGAAACUCUGGUGUAAACAAUAUAAGUUUAAACAAUAACAGACAUGAGCAUGAGGGUUAUUCGAGCGAUCCGACAAGGUAUGCUUCCCGAGGGCUGCCUGAUGCACCGGAAGAGGACGUCUAUUUGGAAAUAUUGGACGAUUUAAAAAGGCCAGAUGAUGGAGGAUAUAUCAACCCUGUGGGGAGGUCAGCUGAUGGGGACGACUAUACAGAUAUACCAGACAAGGUUACUGAGGGUGACAUGGAUAACACCGGCGAUCAAGGAUACAUAAGUGCGGUCGAUAUGGCGGACGUCAAACAAUCAAGGGAUCAUGACUCAGAUUUGCCUCGUGCACUUCCAUCUCUACCAGAUAUGAACUCAAAAGCAGAAAAGACUCCAUCAUCUUUCCCGGAAGUUGAUUAUCCUGAUGAUGAGAAGGAUGAUUAUCUCCAUCCAGUAGGAAAUACACACAAUAUUGACCAUUCCAAAAUGUCAAGCACGGCAGAAAACUUGUCUUCUGGUGAUGAUGACGACUAUUUGAAACCGACCAGAUCUGUCGUGAUACCUUCACGUUUCUUCUUAACAAAUGAGCAAAGUACACAGCCUCAGUAUGACAAUCAAAACACAAAUGACAAUAUGAAACGUGAAAGUUCUACAACAAUAUAAAAACAUCAGUCAAUUUACAGAGUGUCUUGUAAAGUAUCAAAAAGGAGAUCUUCUACUCUGUAAACAAAAAAGACAAAUAUGAAAUCGCCAAUAUUCUCGCUCAAAUUAGUAUUGUGUAAUUGUGAAAUCUAGUUUAGUUUGUCUUUUGCUUAUAUUCGGACCAAGAGAUACUUUCAACUUUAACUUUACUUCAUUUUACAAAAUGACAACAGUACACAUAUUGAUUAAAGCCAAUAGAGCAGCGGUUGUUAUGAAGUUUAUAUCAUCCGCUUGAAUCUACAAGGCAGAAUUUGUAUUCGGUAUUUAAUAAAAUUAUUACUUUAUAGCUAAUAAAUAUAUGCUAGUGCUGUCAAUUACAAUUAUCGUAUGUACUCUCCUAGGAAACUAGUAAUGGAUAUUAAAAUAGCUGGUGCCAUAUAUUACCAGUACUGGAGGAACCACUUGCCUUAGUAUUGUACUGUAGCACUUUGGUCCGCCUCCAGUGUUUGUGUGGGUCUUAAUGUGUCUUCUUAUUUCCUGCUGUCCUGUGGUUUCAACUUUGAACCUGCAUUCCAUUAGA